UUCAUUUCUGUUGUUCUAGUGUUUGAGUGAGAAGAGAGCAUAGAUUUAGGUUACUUGCAUAAAGUAACCUAACAGUUUCACAUCCAGAAACCUAAUAGUCUUCCAUCUCUCCUACGUAAUUCAUUGUGCACAUACAGAUGAAGGAUUCUUGAACUUAAUAUUAAUGGAGCUGAAUGAAUGGCUUAUAUUUGCUGAACUUUUAAUUUCUAAAAAUUAUGUGCAUAGUUUCUGUUUAACUAAUCACUUUCCAUAUCCCAAAGACCAUAUGCACAGCAUUUUCUUUCAUCUAGUACUAAUUAUUUCCAUUGCUCUGUACAACAAACUGUAUCUUUUUAGCCAGAAGAUGUUUCAUUAUUCUUGUAAGUAACUCCUGUCGAAAGGAUGACUAUAAUCUGUACUGUGCUGUGCAUACUCAUACAGGUUCGAAGAGGUAUACUGCCCCGCUUAUUGGAAGAAAUAUUGACUACUAGAAUUAUGGUAAAACAAGCAAUAAAAAAAUUGGCUCCUGCAGAGAAAGUUCUUCAGCGGAUAUUUAAUGCGAGACAGCUUGCUUUGAAGCUCAUAGCGAAUGUAACGUAUGGUUACACUGCUGCUGGAUUUAGUGGUCGCAUGCCCUGUGCAGAACUUGCAGACAGUAUUGUUCAGUGUGGUCGUAGUACACUGGAAAAGGCUAUAUCAUUUGUAAAUCAACAUGAAAAGUGGAAUGCUAGAGUUAUUUAUGGAGAUACUGAUAGUAUGUUUGUCCUUCUUAAAGGACGCACUUUGAAAGAGUCUUUCCAAAUUGGGAAUGAGAUUGCCUCUGCCAUCUCUGCUAUGAAUCCAAACCCUGUCUCCUUGAAGAUGGAGAAAGUUUAUCACCCAUGUUUCCUUCUUACUAAGAAACGAUAUGUUGGCUACAGUUAUGAAAGUCCUCAUCAAAUGGAACCUGUUUUUGAUGCCAAAGGUAUUGAGACAGUUCGCAGGGACACAUGUGGUGCAGUUGCAAAGAUACUGGAGAAGUCUUUGAGACUCUUUUUUCAGCAAAAGGAUUUAUUGGAGGUAUAAAUGCUAGCAGAUUAAGCCUUUUAUAUAUACAUCACACUGAAAGUAAUAGUCGUUUAAAAUUUGUUAUAGGGAGAGAAAAUGAGAAAAAUGUGAUGAAUUCCCUGUAUCAAUUGCACAGUGGAGACUAUUGUAUAUUACGGGUCAUAAAAUACAAAGACUAUAGCUAUUAGCUACCCUGAUUAUUGUUAUCACAUACUAAAAUCUCUUUUUUUUUUCACAAGUUGAGGCACUCUCUCAUCUCAUUCAUCCUACUUGAAUUUUAUGGUUUACAUCUUCCUCUAUUUUGU